ACUUCCCUAGUCUAUCCUCUGGUACCUGCUCCUCAGUUGUGGCCACCCCCACCCCUGCCAUUUUAGUAUCAUCUGUGAAUUUGAUCAGCAGACUGGUCACCCUCUCUUCUAGGUCAUUAACGAAAAGAUUGAACGGGGACCCUGCUCGUCACUGGCCGCCGUCCUUAUGUUUACUCUCUGACCAGUCUAUUAGAUAGUGCAUUGUCUAUCCCAAAAUUCUUCAAUUUCUCAACCAGGAUAUCAUGUGACACUUUGUCAAAAGCCUUGUCGAAGUCCAGGUAACCCUCCAUCUAACCACAAGCCUGGUAGGAGUCAUACAUUAAUGAUGCUAUAGUUGAUUGAUUUAGUUCAUUUAUGAACUGCAGGCAGUGAUGCACAACAAAAAUGCCACUCAAAACUUCACAUCAUAAAGCAAUAAACACAGGAACACAACCAUAAAUAAAACUUAGCCUAAGAACUGCAGUUAAAAGCAAUAUUAGAAAGGAAUAUUAGACACCAAGUAGCAUUCAUAGUAAUGAACAAGCUAACUUCACCUCCCCUGCAGUGAGUUCUUCACUGGGGUCUUUCCAUUAGAAAAGGUCCUAUCCUGGGCAUCCCACCACUCAGUCUUCUGUAGGUGGGAGAAUGUGCCCUUCAAAUACCAGUUGCAGUCUCUACAGUGUGGUACUGAAAAUAUCUGACUGCCAUAUUUUGUAUGUGCUGAAUUUCCCCAGUGCUUUCCAAGGGCAGUCCAAUAUAGAAGGCAUUACAGUAAUCUUAAUGGGAGGCAGUUUGGGCAUGGGUCAUGGUGACUAGAAUUUCCUUCCUGAAGAAUCAUGCUUUUGUGAGCCACAGUGCAUUUCUGUGUCCCAGCAAUUUCUAUCGAGCGAAGCAUAUCUUUUUGCUACUGACAUUCAUUUGUUCUCGUUCAUAGCCAUAACUGGAGACCUUGGGAGCCCUGUGGAUGAGCCAAGCACUGCACCCUGGAUUUACAGGCUCACAGGAAUGGCAUGGGACUGGGUCCAGGAAGUAGCAUCUCAUCCACACCAGCAAUGUGGGGAUUAAGCCUCACAUUGGCACUCAAGCAGUGGAGGAGCAAUGUUGACCCACCAUGCCCACUGAGGCCUGGCCAAGUCAGCUUUGUAGUUGCAGGCAGGAGGUGGACCCUGUGAGGGUCUCUCGGUGUGGCUGAAACAGCCACAUUGAGCUGGGCAAGGCACACAACUCACACAGGCCUGGGUUGAAGUUGUGAUGCAGCGGCAGAGAGUCUCUUGUUGGCAGCAGACCAUCAGCUCCCUCCCUAAGCCUUUCCUUCAAGCACAGCAGCACAGCGUUGAACAAUCCAGCUUGGCUGGAGUCCCCCCAUUGCCUGCUUUCUUGUUCACCUUGGGUAGCAGGAAGAUGAAUGACAUGGCCAAGGCACAGUGGUAGAAGCUGUGGACGUAGGUGUAAUCCCAUUCCUGGAGUAACAGAGAACAUUGGAUUUAACAUGUGCAAAGAGCUUUUCUCUAGUGUUGGGUUUACAUUUUAUUGUGAAUAUACGACCUUAGAGCUCCCAAAACACUAUGCUGUCAUGCUUCAUUAUUUGCCAAUUUCCACUUAUUUGCAACACAAUUUUCCAGUUUAAAAUUGUGUAAAAAUGCCCAUAUUGCAGGACAGUACACAGAAAAAGCAUAUAUUCAUGAAAAUAAUCUGCAAGAAUGCAAGCAAGAAUCUGCUUGCCAAAAUGCAUGUUGACCAAAGGUAUUCAGAAAUAUUCUAGGGCCAGAGUCAGAUGCUUGCCCCCUCCCUGCUCUUGUGAGGCAAUUCCUAGGUGAGUGGAGUGGACAAACUUUUCACCUGAGGCUAUGGAAAAGCACCAUGGCUGGAUUCCUGCCUCAGGGAGCCAGAGGGUGUAGUUCUCUAUGGGUUUGCUUGCAGCGUUGUCUGUAUCAGCAUAAGGGUUUCCCUGACAGUGCAAAGCCAGGUUCAUUUGCUGGCAUGGAUGGUACCACUGGCUUUGGUCAGACAGGGAGGCAUGUGCCCUCCCGCCUCUCCUGGCCUGCUGCUGGUGGCACUGGCAUAUAUUUAUAGAAAGAUGAAGGUCUGUGCUGACAGGGAGGGAAAUGACUUGUGAGAGUUCCUUUCUGGGCUGUAUGGCUGAAAGUCAUCAGGGGCAACUGCAGCAUGCUACCCAUGCCUGAGCUGGGCCACUGCAAUGUGCAAAUUCCCCCUUGCACAGGGAGUGACAGUUGCAAAGCACCUUUGGACCAGGCAUCCUUGUGAGGAAUCUCAGGACCUCUUUCCUAAAAUGGUAUCAUUGCUUCUAGGCUGCCGUGGGUUCAUCCAAAAUGAGGUUUGCUGGGACAUGGGAAGUGCUUUGGCUUUGACUCAUCUGUUGCUGAAGACAUGAGUACAUUUAUUAUGUGGGGUCAGCCCACAAAUGGCUUCUUCAUUAAGCUGCUUCUGACCAUGAAUGCUCCGGGUAACCACCCAUGCAUGCCAGUAAUAUUGGCUCAUUGACCACAUGCUUUCAUGGACUAAAAUUGCUGCAGAAUUUGCUGCCUACUUUUUCAUGCACAAAAAUGCUGGGACCUAAGGCUACCAAUUUUCUUUUCCUUUAUGGGAUAAACGAGUUUUUCAAACGACAUUUGCCUUGUGAAGUAAAUGUUUCCUCAACAGACUUGCAUGCUCCAAUUUUGCCAGCUGAGGAGGGGGGCAUCAGCCAAAAUGGCAACACAAAGCCAUGGGAAUGCCAGCCCAGAAUUGUAAAAAUAACCAUCUGCCCCUCUGACAGCCCUGACAAUGCCAGGCAGGAUGAAAAGGUAGAUUUCAUUCUUCCUUUUAUCCUCAUCUUAAAACAUGAGAGCACUAGAACAUAAGAAAAGCCAUGCUGGAUCAGACCAAUGGUCCAUCCAGUUCAGCACUCUGUUCACAUGGAAGCAAAGUAGCUGUACAUAGGAUCCCUCCAGCAGUGUGCAUACAAGACCUCUAUCUGCUCAAGCACCCCAGCAACUGGUGUGUGCAGACCAUGCCACCUCUGGUAACAGAGGCAGCUUGUAGUCCACAAGGUUAGCAAGCACUGAUAACCCCCUUCUUCAGGAAUUUGUUCAAUUCUCUUUUUCAAGCCAUCCAAAUUGCUGGCCAUCAACACUUCCCAUGGUAGUGAAUUCCAUAGUUUAACUAUAUCUUGUGUAUUCCCUUUUAUCUGCCCUAAACCUCCCACCAACCAGCUCCAUGGAAUGACCCCAGGUUCUAGUACUAUGGGAGGGUGAGAAAAAUAUCUCACAUGUGGCAUGAAUUUGAACCCCUCUUUUGUGUCUCUCCUUACCUGCUUUUCAUCUCGGCUAAACAGUUCCAGUCGUUGUAGCCACUCCUCACAGGGGAGUUGCUUCACCAUCCUUAACCUUUUACUUGGCCUUCUCUGCAUUUUUUUCAACUGGAACUGUAUACAAUCUUAUAAUCAUGGUAACACCAAAAAUUGUAUAAGGAGAAUACAAUCUUGGCAUUUCUAUUUCCUAUUCCGUUCUUAAUUAUGCCGAACAUGGAGUUUGCCCUUUUCACAGCAGCUUUGCAUUGGCCUGACAUUUUCGUUGCGCUAACUCCCACAACCCCCAAAACCCUUUCUUGAUCAGUAACUGCUAGCUCAGAUCCAUCAUCUUAAACUUGAAGUUGGUUUUUUUUUUUUUGCCCCAAUAUGCAAUAAGAUGUUUUAUUUAUUUUAUGCCUUUGUAUACUGCUUUUUAGGUAUAUUGUCUCCCAAAGUUGACAGAACUUUGUACUGAUUUGAUACGAUAUUAGUACAGAUUAAGAAAACAAACAUGGCGGCAGAGGAACAUUGAGGAAGGCAGUUAAACUCAUCUGUGGAGUAUCCCUUUUGCUUUGCUGUUUGCGUGCAGUGCAGUGGGUUGUAGCACCUUCUUUUAGCAAAGCUGGAAAGGCCACAAAUAUGAUCACUGCACAAUUCAAUUGGCAUGUGCUGUGGCUUUUGUUUUCCCGUAGGAGAUGAUGGGAACAUUUACAGACCCGAAGGCAGACACUUUCACAUUUUGCUGUAAUGUGCAGUUAUUCUUUGCCUUGAAAAGCAAUUGUCAAGGAUAUCUAAUAAGCAGUAUCUGUUCAUUUCCAAGGUACUCACCGCAGGAGUCACUUCAGCACAUGCAUGAACAAUUUUUGCCUGAACCAUUUUUUUUAAAAAAUUGUUCAUUUACACCUUUCAUUCUUGAAGUUUGUAUAUAUUGCAUGGGUGUGACUUCUGGAAAGGUGUGUGUGUAUAUCAGAGAGAGAUUUGGAGGACUUUUAUGUGGUUCUGGGAGUUGUGACCAUUAUACGCUGCUGUUGCUUUGUCAACAACCUACUCUUGUUCUCAGCAGGCUUCCAGGUAACACUUCUUUGAUGCCAUCACCCAGCCUUGUUUAUACAUGUUUAUAGGAGUCUUCUCAUGACCCUCCCAGAUUUUUCUCCCACUUUUUCUUUUUCCUUAAUGAAGAAAAACCAAUAAAGGGUGGGGGGAGCAAAACAGCUGCACUAGGGCCUUUGGCUUAUCAGUCUCUGCUCUGUCUCAAAGCACCUUCAGCGUAGAUGUCCAGCCUCAAUGCUCAAAGGGCUCAUUUUGAUAGUUAAAGGCCUUUCAGCACAGCAGGGACCCAGUGCCACAUGAGCUUUCCUGACUCUUAAUAUCUUCAUCCAAGAUCCGCCCUCAGGCACUCAGGACUACUGUCUGAGGUGCUAUGGGGAGCUAAGGACAAAAGGGCCCUUUUGAUGGUGGCAUCCCUACUACAGGGAGAUUUCAUAGAAUCAUGGAAUAGUAGAAUUGGAAAGGGCCAGAAGGCCAUCAGGACACUAAGGUACACCAUCCCAUUCAAAUGACUGUCCAGAUGCUUUUUGAAUGUCUCUAGAAUGUCUCUCUUUGAUGGCACUUCCAUCUCAGGAAAAGACAUUAAUUUCCUAAAAAUUGAAAGCAUUUCAGUUCUUUAUAAUUCUCGCCUUCCUUCUGAUCUAAUAUUUAACAUGAUUUUUCUAAUGCAUUGUUGAUUAUUUGGUUUUAAUAUAUGCCAUUGCAUUUUAAUGGUUUGUUAUAGUCUGACAAGGUAAGCCCCUAAGAAUGCAUUGAAGACUUCAAGCAAGCAAGCAACCCUUCCAUCCUACAGGCAUGGCCAUGUUGUCUGAAAAAAAGGCAUCUGAGCUCCAGUAAGAGAGAGGGCAUCUGUGGCUCUCAGCUGCCAGUGGGCCUGGAAUGCCCCAUCUUUGUUUAUUGACUGAAGCACAUCCCAUACAAGGAAAGGCCAUGCAUUGCUGGGAUGGUUGCUCUAGUACAGUAGCAGUAAAAGAGAGCUGGAAGCUAUAUGGGAACUGAAGAAUGUCCCCCAUGAUUUUUGCUGAGUUUGGGGCAGGCACACCUUGAUGGACUUGUGAAAACCUCUGGAGCUUCCAUGGAUGCUUGACAUCUUUCAUGAGUAGGGGAAGGAGCUGCUCUUCAUCUAAGAACUGAGUGCUACAAUGCUUCCAGUGGAAGAUCAAAGAAGUUAGAUAUCUCCUGGUUAACUGACCUGGCAUUCAUGAGCCACAGCUGCAGUUGUGACCACCAAGUCCCCAGUAGUUUGGCAUGAGAGGAAAAGGGGCCGGAAAGAAGCAUGACCACUGCUUCCUACCACUGAAUGACAAUCCCAGAAGGAGGUGUUUCACCAUGGUCUCACCAUGUGUUGCUGGCUUCACUUUGAUAGCCUAAAACAGGGACCUUACCCAUUUCACAGUGAUUAUAAGAACAGCUGUCCCAAUUGGUCCUGAGUAGACACCAUAUCCCCACCGAUCAUGGUAGAUCCUGACAGCUAUGAAGGAAGUUGGUGACAGGAUUGCUUAAUAAAACAUGCACUGGAACAUCCAAACGAUACCAGCUCUGCAAAGUGCAAGUAAAAUAAUAUUUUUGUGGUUUUGUUGUUGUUGUUGAUAUGGGUCAUAGGACGAGAAUGGGGAUAGCUUAGCAAUUGAAAGUUUCAGCAGAGAGCAUCCUUAAGGGGGAGCAUAGGCUUCCAUUUAACCAGGAAUGUGAGGAUUUAGUGCAACUGCAGAGAAAAGCAUGGAAUUUGGCACUGGUGUCUUGAAAUCCCCUUUUAUUAAAAAGAAAGCAAGUUUCUGGCCCAUAUGGCUGCUGAGAAGAUUGCUUUUAAAAUAGGUCAGCAAAGAUUAGUAGUUAUCUCCAAAGGGCUCCAUGAGAUUUCUGGUGGCCAUGCAGCAGCGUGUCAAGACAACGUGUCACUUAUUCUUUAGGGGAAGGAGAAUGAAUUAUGGCAAUCGAAGAGGAGUCUACAGAUUGAUAUAAUCAAUUUAUUCAGUUCACAAAUCAGAUUUUUGUUGUGCAGAAGUUCUUCCUUUCUCUUGUUACUAUAAGUCAGAGCCAGAGAGUGGGGCAGUCCAUGUUGUGUGAGUGGCACAGCGGGUUAAACUGCCAAACGAAAGGUCAGAGCCCCGCAAUGGGGUGAACUACUGCUGCCUUGUCCCUGGCUCUUGCCAACCUAGCAAUCUGAAAGCAUGUGAUGUGAGUAGAUAAAUAGGUACCACUUUGGUGGGGAGAAAGCAGCACCCCAUGACGCCAUGUUGGCCACAUGGAGAUGGAGCGCUGCCCCCAUAGCAAUUUCAGCUAUUGGAGUAAAAGCCUCAGGGAACUCCUUUCUCUACUGGGGCUGAUGUGUGAGGGAGUGGAUGAGCAUGCCAAAGAUAGUGUGGGCAUUGAAUUUGGAUCCAGCAUGCCAUGAAAUCAUGGGAUCCAUAGGGCAAACUGUGGCAAUCUUCAGACGGUCUCUUCAUUAUUGUCUCACUCUGUUAGGCUGUGCAAGCCAGUAGGGACACUGCAGAUAAGUAAAACAGACCCCAGAAAAUGUGGCUCCUUUUCACUGGGCUGCGGUUUUUCCCUCUUUUUCUAGCCCUGUCCUCCAAAUGCAAGGAGUUUCCGGGAGGAGCAGUGUUCGUCCUUCAACUCUCAUGUGUAUAAUGGACGGACUUAUCACUGGAAACCUUUAUAUCCCGAUGACUAUGUCCACAUCUCUAGCAAGCCAUGUGAUCUCCACUGCACAACUGUUGAUAGUCAAAGGCAGCUCAUGACCCUGGCACGCGACGGGACAUCCUGCAAAUACUCUGAUUUCCGAGGGGUUUGCGUUUCUGGAAAAUGUGAGCCCAUUGGAUGUGAUGGGAUUCUCUUCUCAACUCACACGCUGGACAAAUGUGGUGUCUGUCAAGGGAACGGGAGCAGCUGUACCCAUGUGACUGGGAGUUACAGAAAGGGAAAUUCACAUCUUGGCUACUCUUUGGUGACUCACAUUCCUGCUGGAGCAAGAGAUAUCCAAAUAAUUGAACGGAAGAAAUCUGCUGAUGUUUUGGCUGUUGCAGAUGAAGCUGGUUUUUACUACUUCAAUGGGAACCUCAGAGUAGACAGCCCCAAAAAUUUCAACAUUGCAGGGACUGUUUUCAAAUACCGGAGGCCAAUGGACAUAUAUGAGACAGGCAUAGAAUAUAUUGUGGCACAGGGGCCAACCAAUCAAGGCUUGAAUAUCAUGCUUUGGAACCAAAACGGUAAGAACCCAUCAAUAACCUAUGAAUAUACACUUCUAAGGAGGCCACACUCCAAAAGCUUGCAGCCAAUGUACUAUACCUUCUCCGAAUCGGAAAGUGAAGAAAGCAGUGAGCUUGAAAGGGAAGAGCCUUUGGGGUUUGUUCAGCGUAAUGCGAGUUUCUUUGGGACGCUCUCCAAAGAAAAGAUCCAUCUGGAGAAUCAGGUGUUUGGCAGGCAAGACACAGCUGAAGACUUGGACUUGAGCACAAUCCAAGAGACCAAUGAAGUUUAUGGACAGACAGAAACCGGUGACUGUGACCCAGUCUUGCAAGGCAUGCGGCCCAAAGAUUCAAAUGCAACCAAAUCCAAUUACAUGGUGGAAGGAAAUGGCAGAGAGUUUGACUCUCAAACAGCAUCUAAAGAAUUCUUUUCAGAAAAUGCCAUCACCUAUAAACUUUUGGAGAAGACGUCUGAUUCAAAAGAAUCUGUGAGGAACAAGACUGUGAGUGGUAUCUUUUCUCCAGGGAUCCCCGUCAACUCUGUAGAUUCUGACACAGAGAGCCUCUAUUCUGAUUAUGAUGACAAUGAGGAAGUGGUGGCUUAUGCCAUCAAUGGUACCUUCCUGGAGCUGACCCAGGAGAAAACACUGAACACCUCAUCAGAGCCCCCAUUCACCAAUGCCACCAUCUCUGCCAACAGUUCUCAAGGGAACAGAACCCACAAAUCCAGGAACCGGCUGAAGCUGUUCCGAAAGGGGCAGAACAUGAGUCCAGCAGACAUGUACCGGUGGAAACUCUCCUCCCAUGAACCCUGCAGCUCCACUUGCACCACAGGUGUGAUGUCUACCUAUGCCAUGUGUAUCCGUUAUGAUGGAAUUGAAGUGGAUGACAUGUACUGUGAUGCCUCGACCCGUCCUGAGCCAGUCCAUGAAUUUUGUGCAGGGAGGGAAUGCCAGCCCAGGUGGGAGACCAGCAGUUGGAGUGAGUGUUCCCGGACCUGUGGGGAAGGCUACCAGUUCCGCAUUGUCCGGUGCUGGAAGAUGAUUUCCCCUGGGUUUGACAGCUCUGUCUACAGUGAUCUGUGUGAAUCGGCUGACAUUACUCGGCCUGAAGAGCGGAAGGUCUGCAAAAACCCAGCGUGUGGGCCACAGUGGGAAAUGUCCGAGUGGUCAGAGUGUACAGCCAAGUGUGGUGAGAAGAGCAUCGUGAGCAGAGACAUCCGGUGUUCAGAAGAGGAGAGACUCUGUGAUGCCAGCGUCAGGCCGGCUGCAGAGAAGAACUGCACUGGGCCGCCCUGUGACAGACAAUGGACUGUCUCUGACUGGGGACCAUGUAGCGGAGGCUGUGGACAGGGCCGAAUGAUCCGGCAUGUGUACUGCAAGACCAGCGACGGGCGUGUGGUGCCAGAAUCACAGUGCAACCUGGAGAGCAAGCCCCUCGCCAUCCACCCCUGUGGAGAUAAGAACUGCCCUGCCCACUGGCUGGCCCAAGACUGGGAGCGGUGUAACACUACAUGUGGCCGAGGGGUGAAGAAGCGGAUCGUGCUCUGCCUGGAGAUCAUCAAUGGGAAAAUCAAAACCCGCAGCCUGGCAGAAUGUGACAUUGCCAAGAAACCCAUGGAGGAAAAUACCUGCUUUGAGCGCCCGUGUUUCAAGUGGUACACAACCCCCUGGUCAGAGUGUACGAAAACAUGCGGCAUUGGUGUGAGGAUGCGAGACGUCAAGUGUUACCAGGGGAAAGACCUUGUCCGGGGCUGUGAUCCUCUCAUUAAGCCUGUGGGAAAACAGACCUGUGACCUCCAGCCCUGCCCAACUGAGCCACCAGAUGACAACUGCCAGGACCAGGUGGGGACGAACUGUGCGCUGGCCAUCAAGGAGUACUUGCAAAACUGCUUCAAAGAUUCUGCAUUGGGGUUUGCUGAGGGAGCUAUCGCUGGCCAGUCAGCUGUUGCUACACAGAUGCAGAACUGGCUUGUUUAAGAGAUCAGACUGGGAGAAGAAAAGGCCUGCUUGGAGUGAGCUCAGCAAGGACAUCACCAAGCCAGUUCCAGAUCCAGCCCACACUCUCUAUCUGUAAAUUUCACCCUCUUGCUUGCUGGCUGUUCCUUUCCUGCGGACACAUUACUAGCCUUAAUUCUCCACCCCCUGAAUUUUUCCCCAGAUUGGCAACAGCAAGUGGAAAUUAAUGCUGCCCAGGUGCCUAAGACCAUUUGAUGUGAUAUGUAGGUGCAUCCUUGUCAGAAGAUUUUCUCUUGUAAUCCAACCCCCUGUAGUCCUUCAUUAAAAUGUCAUAAUGCCAGCAUAUUGUAUUGAAUAAUGACAACAUAACUGCACUUUAUAUCACAAAAGAGUCACGUGCUCUUUUUUAAUAUAUUUGUUUACAAACUGUAAACUUUAUCCCUGUAACCAUAGAACUAUACUCAUAUGUAUAUUUUAAAUAAAAUAUGUCAUAUUUAUGGUGCCA